GCCCGCGGGUCCGUAGCGCCCGGGCAGCGAGGGGCGGGGCACGGCGGGUGUCGCGCAGUGCGCAUGCGCCGGGUGGCUCCUCUCCCCCGGGGCGAGCUGAGGCGGGGGAUCAUGGCCGAAAUGCACCUCAUCGGGCAGAUCGUGGGAGCCAGGGGCUUCCCCCGCAGCAGCCUCUUCUGCAAGUGGGGAAUCCACACAGGUGGCGCCUGGAAGCUGCUGUCCGGCCUGCGGGAGGGGCAGACGCAGGUGGAUCACCCCCAGCUGGACGAUGUGGCCUACUGGUCUCACCCCAUCGACGUGCACUUUGCCACCAAGGGGCUGCAGGGCUGGCCCAAGCUGUACGUGCAGGUCUGGCACCAGGACCCCUUCGGGCGCAGGGAGCUCUACGGCUACGGCGUCUGCCACGUGCCCUGCAGCCCGGGCUGGCACACGCUGGCCUGCGUCACUUGGCAGCCCCUGGGCUCAUGGCAGGAGCGGCUCUCCCAGCUCUUCGUGGGCGGGGGGCCCCAGCUGCUGCACAGUGACCUGAUCUACAUGGGGGCUGACCGGUACCGCCUGCAGACCACCGCCGCGGGCACCGUGCACCUGGAGCUGGGUGUGCUGUUGCGCCACUUCGCCCGCUACGGGGUGGAGUGCUAGGGAGCGGGCAGGCCCCCUGCUGCGGGGCAGGGCUCUAGGGAGCGGGCAGGCCCCCCUCCGUGGGCUGGGUGCUGUACGGACCCCUGCCAUGGGGCGGGGCUCUAGGGAGUGGGCAGGCUCCCCAUCGCAAGCUGGGUGCUGUAUGGACCCCCUGCCGCGGGGUGGGGUGCGAGGGGUCUGCACGGAUCCUGCCCCUGCUGCAGGGUCGGGGGGGGGUGCUGGGGAAGCCCUUGGAUCCAGGGGGGUCACCGUAAAGCCUUCCCCCCACCCACUUUAACAGUGUGGACAUUUCAGCUGCUUGAUGGGGCUCUUUUGUAAGAACGGGGCUGGGGGGGGAAUCAUUUGCUUCCUGGGAUGAGGGGGGGAGUUGGGCUGGCCCAGGGGGUGGGGAAGGGGCCAUGAGCUCUUUCCCCUCUGGUGGGCUGGUUUCAGUCCGUUUAUGUUUCAUGGGGGGGCGGGGGGGCAGGACUUCUGGGUUCUUUCCCCUGCUCUGUCAUAGACCCUGGUGACCUGGGGCUGGCCCCUGUGCCCCCUGCCCUCUGUAACAUGGGGCAGCGCUGUCCGUGCAGGGCUCAGAGCCGCCGGGGGUUGGGUGGGAAUUAGAUCCAUCGCUGGCUCCAUGGGGAGCGCUGGGGGCUGGCAGGGGGGAGGGAGUCCCCUCUGCCUCCAGCUCCCCAAAGAGCUCCCCCACCCGUCUUCCCCUGUCUCUCUCCCCUGCCCCCCAUUGAACAACUCCCCCUUAUAUAAAGAUUCUUUUGCACAAACGGCUUUUCCG